AUGAAGGUGGUGGAGAAAGUGGUGACUGCUAGCACCUUAUAUUGUAGCUGGUUGGGGCCGGCGUACUUACCACAGGACAAGACUGACGACGAUACUGGCGUCGCGUGGCUGCCGGAGACAGCUGGUCAGGAAAGAGAAGGUGACCGAUUCGACUGCGGUGACCGAUUCGACUGCGGUGACCGAUACGAUUGCGGUGACCGAUACGAUUGCGGUGACCGAUACGACUGCGGUGACCGAUACAACCGCGAUGACCAAAAUGCAGUUUCAAGGAGCGGAGCGAGUGCUGGCAGGAGUUCUGACGUGGCAGUGCGUGGUCAUGUGGUCGCAGGAGUUUCGAGACACGGCGCUGCUGUGAUGUUGUGCACGUUGUGGAAUACCAUGUCCGACCACCUGGACUGCACCUAUGACUUAUUUGCGAAUGGGGCGUACCACAGGAGACUGGAGCACCAGAGGCACCAGGACGAGCUCUCGAGUGCGUUCCAGCAGGGCUGGUGUCUCGGCGCCAUUGGUUCUUUGGCGGGCUUCAUUGCGGUGACGUGGUUGUACGUCGCAUAUAAAACCAAGCGCGAGCGGCAAUUGGCCGAACGACUGGUCGCGCCGCCGAGAGCGUAA